AUGUCUGACAGUCCCAAAGGAAACUCCAGUGACUUUGCUAAGAAAGUCCAGCGGCAGCUGAGCAGGAGCAAAGAAAAGGUGUUGCAAAAGCUGGGCAAGACUGCAGAGACCAGAGACGAUCAGUUUGAACAAUGUCUCCAACAAUUCAAUGACCAGAGUUCUGACGGGAACCGGAUCUAUAAGGACCUGAGGGGCUACAUCAAUGCAGUGAGAGACAUGCGUGAAGCUUCAAGACGCCUUUUCCAGUCUCUGUUUGAUGUUUAUGAGAGCAACUGGAUGGGAGAGGAGGAUUUAGGGGCUAUAGUAGAGGGGGAGGACCUUCUGUGGAAUGACUACGAGGUGAAGCUAUUAGACCAGGCCGUACGCACCAUGGAGUCCUACGUGGCCCAAUUCCCAGACAUCAAGGAUAAAAUUGCCAAGAGGGGAAGAAAACUUGUUGACUAUGACUCUUCCCGCCACCACCUGGAGGCUCUGCAGGCCGCAAAAAAGAGGGACGACAUCAAGAUACAAAAGGCAAAGGAAGAGGAGAACAAUGCCAAAAGUGUCUAUGAAGGGAUCAACACCGAGCUGAAAGAAGAACUUCCUGUUCUCUAUGAGAGCCGUAUUGGAUGCUACGUGUCUGUCUUUUCUGCCAUGUCAAACCUACGGGACAUCUUCUACAAGGAGAUGAGCACGUUCAAUCUCGAUCUGCAGAAUGUGAUCAAAGAGCUGCAGGCUCAGCAUCCCGACAAAGUGUUUGCUGUGAGGGGACUGCAACGGUACGGAUCCCUGAAGAGAAGGUCUUUGAUGUCGCCUAAAGCUUGGAAAGCCAGUUUCUCUGAUUUCCACUGGAACUACAGCCCGAGACCCACUCUGCGGUCCAGCUUCAGAUCCCCGGACAAACCCCGCCACAGCACUCUGUCCAGAGAGAGCGGCAGCUUCUCCGGCUCCUCGCAGUCAGUACCUAUCGAAAACCUGAUUCCCGAGUCCAGGGACGUGGAGGCCGAACCGAGCCAGAGCGAGAUCGAGAGCUCUGCUCAGCAGGAAGGCGCCUCGGCCGAGACGUCAGGAGACAAGCCCGAGGAAGACAGCAGUCAGACUGAAAAGGACGAGGCCUUGAAAGAGCCUCCUGCAGAACCUGGCUCUCAAGAAGGAAGCAAAAAAGCCCCUCCGAGUGACAGCAGCUCUGAACUGAACAACUCCUGUGAUUCGGAGAGCUUGAAUCUGUCUGGCGCAGACAACGGCCCGCUGCACAUCGAGGAGGAGGAGGAGGACGGCGACGAUCCGGAGAGCCCUGAUCUGACGAAGCCGAGCAGGCAGGGGAACGGUGACGUCUCUGUGCUCAGCUCUGACGACAAAGACUCCAGUCCUCCUCACAAGGACACUUCUGAGGUGGACUCAAAAAGCACAGAUGUCUAA